AAGUAUUGAAUGUCCUGAGGAAUUCAGUAACCCCUCCCGUGAAAGUACAUAUUUGAGAGCGCGCACAGGAGCGAGCGCUCGUACUCCAGCUCUGCGUUCAGUUCGGUUCAGACGCUCAGACGCUCCAGAUAUUUAUCAUCACAGUGCAGCCGAAAAAAGCUUAAGUAGCCAUGGAUGCCAUUAAGAAGAAGAUGCAGAUGCUCAAGCUCGACAAGGAGAACGCCUUGGACAGAGCUGAGCAGGCUGAGGGAGAUCAAAAGGCAGCGGAAGACAGGAGCAAACAGUUAGAGGACGAACUAAUUCAGUUGGAAAAGAAGUUGCGCGUAACCGAGGACGAGCGCGACAAAGUGUUUGAGGAGUACCAAGGUGUAGAAGAAAAGCUUCUGACCGCCGAGGAGGUCGCCACCAAGCUUGAGGAUGACCUUGUAGCACUGCAGAAGAAACUGAAGGCAACUGAGGAUGAACUGGACAAAUAUUCUGAGGCUCUUAAAGAUGCCCAGGAGAAACUGGAGCUGGCUGAGAAGAAAGCCGCAGAUGCUGAGGGUGAUGUAGCUUCCCUGAACAGACGUAUCCAGCUAGUUGAGGAGGAGUUGGAUCGUGCACAAGAGCGUCUGUCCACGGCCCUGCAGAAGCUGGAGGAGGCUGAGAAGUCUGCUGAUGAGAGCGAGAGAGGCAUGAAGGUAAUUGAGAACAGGGCUAUGAAAGAUGAGGAGAAGAUGGAACUGCAGGAGAUCCAGCUCAAGGAAGCCAAACACAUCGCUGAGGAGGCCGACCGCAAAUAUGAGGAGGUGGCCCGUAAGCUUGUGAUUGUUGAGGGUGAGCUGGAGCGUACAGAAGAGCGUGCCGAGCUGUCUGAGGGACGCGUUCGAAGAUUACAGGACGAGCUUCGAGUGUUGGACCAAACCUAUAAGUCAUUAAAGGCAUCAGAAAAUCAGUACUCACAAAAGGAAGACAAAUACGAGGAGGAGAUCAAGGUUCUCACAGACAAACUGAAGGAGGCUGAGACCCGUGCUGAGUUCUCUGAGAGAUCAGUUGCCAAGCUUGAGAAGAGCAUUGAUGACCUUGAAGAUGAGUUGUAUUCCCAGAAACUCAAGUACAAAGCCAUCAGUGAAGAGCUGGACCACGCUCUCAACGACAUGACUUCAAUGUAAUUAAUCUGCUGUCUGUGUCUGUGCCCCUCCCCAUUACCCAUAAUCCCCCGUCUAUCUCUCCCUCUGUAAAUAAGUUCUUGUGACUUUAAUUCACACACUGUGACCUCUUUCUCCGUUUAAAAAUCGCUGCUAUCUCUGUAACACAAGACCCAUGGUUCCUUGUACUGUUCCUUGAGGUCUGAAGUGUCAAGUGAUUUGGUCAUUGCAAAUUUAUGCCUGGGUAUUAAAAUGUUGAACAGCGGAGCCAUGGCUUGUAGAGGCAGUGUAUAGGAGUUCUGUUCUUUCUAAAGUUUUGGAUUUAUAACCCUGUAUUUUAAUCGUUGUCUAAUAUUGUGGAAAAACCACAAAAAAAAAAGAAAAAGACUCCCUUUGGUUAAAAUGGUCGGUACAUGUUUAGUACGAGGACUGGGCUGUAAACAUUACAGCAAAUUUAUUUGACAAUAUUCAAUAUAUAUUUAUUAGGGCUGUUGAUUUAACAUUUUAAUUAAGUGCGAUUUAAUUAUGUGGAAAAUAACAUGUUAAAAUUAACACUAAUUGAUAUGCCCCCUGACCUGAACAUAAAUUCUGUACUAAGUAUUGACCUUGCUUCAUGAUUUCAAGUACUGCUAUGAUGAUUUUGCAUGUCAGCAGGGGGCAGUCAGCUGACUUAAUUGCAAGAUUGGUGUGGACUAUAGGCCAAUUUUAGACUUAUGUUUGGAGAUAUGGAAAUUAAACAAACAAUAUAUUGAUUUGUAAAGCCACUUUUUGUAUAGUCUUCCACAAUAAUGUUAAGUAUUUUAAUUAUUAUAUAUAUUAUACGUUAUAUAAUAUAACAUAAUUUUAUAAUCAUAAUAAAUGAGGCAUUUAAAAUAUAUUUUUAUUUGGGAGCAUUUCUCUGCAAAUAUUGAGGUGUGAUUUAUUGUGAUUUAAUUCGAUUAAUUAAUCGGCACGGCACAUCAUAUAAUUGAUUCAAGUUUAAAAUUAAUUGAUUGACAGCACAUUUAUAUUUGCUCUGAUCCAUAAUGAUUUAGAAAGCUGUUGUUGCCAAGUAGAUUCAAAAUGUGUAAAGCAAAAAGUAAAAAACAGUGAAAACCUAGUUUAAAAUAACCAAGGCAUGAUUUCUGUGGUUUAAAAUAUAUAUUUAUUAUAUGCUCCAAUGUAACAAUUAGGGAUGCACUGAUACCACUUUUUCUCUUCCGAUUCCAAUAUUGGAAAUCUCAGUAUUGUCCAAUGCCGAUACCAGUGUUGUUUUUGUGUGGAACUAAUUGGGAGUACUCUUUAAUAUGUAAAACGCAAACCUCUAACUACACAUUUUUGCAAUAUAAAUGUAUAGCUUAUUAAUAAACACUUUAUUAUUAACUAGUAUACUUGAUAAUGUAGCAGCAAAAUUAACAGUAAUUCCAGUCUUCAAGUCUUCAAUAGAAAAUAAACCAGUGUUUUAUUUUUGCCACUAAAUGCAUAUUAUAAGUGAACCGAACUAUUGAGAAUCUACAUCUGAGAUGUUGUUCAUGAGUAGCGCUCAAAUAUUGCGCACUGUGUGAAGGCUAAAAAUAGCCGCGAGUGAAUCACCCAGGGCUGCGUGUGCUUAUGUGUGUCAACAGAGGUGCUAGCACUGCGCAUGCAUACUAUAUUACUAUAAAAUAUAAAAUACUAUUUACUUAUUAAACACAGCCUAUUGCGAUUCACAGAGCUAUCGCACGUCUUCAAGUGGCUUUGAAUAAAAUGCAUGAGUCAUCUGAACAACUUUAAUGGUUCUUUUAUGUCAUUUUUGGAGCUUGACAGUAACAAACAUGACUAACACACAGUAUUGGAUUUGGAUCGGGCUUGUCGGACUGAUACCCGAUCCAUUUAAAAACGUCAAUAUCGGAACUGAUACCGAUCCAGGUAUCGGAUCGGUGCAUCCCUAGUAACCGUACACGAUAAUAAACAGCAAUCUUUUACCUGUCUAUAAUAUACAUACAUUUUUAAAAUAUGCCACAAGGACAUCUGUGAAAAUUAAGUGGUGAGUCAUGCAAACAACGUUUUGUCGUUUUGUAUGGAUUCAGAGAAAUGGACAGUUUGAGAGAACUUAUUCGUGGAAAUCAAUCAAACUUCCCAACUCUAUAUCACCAUUUUUGCUACUGAAGUUUUAAAUGAGACUCCAUUAAAAAAAAAUUAUUUCUUGACCUUCCCAUACUCUCAUUGUGAUGCAAAUUAUGGGUGCGAAUCUAGUCUUCUGGCACAAACUUUACAAAACCUGUUGGCCAAGUAAAAUGCAAAUUAAAUCAUCACAAUAUUUAAAAAGUUCGUUUAUUUUAUCUCAAAUAUAUUGCCCAGCCCUACUCUCAGUACUGUGACAUCUUAACCCCAAAGCAUGUGAAGAAUAUUCAGAAAUGCACCACUAUUUUACGGCAUUUCAUUUAAUGUCUUGUACCUUUAUGAAAAGUUGAAUUCCGCUGCUACUAACAAGGUCUUCUUCUGUUCAGAAGAGAGGCCCAAAGCCUGUCAUUAACUGUUUCUAAACCGUCAACAUCACAUUUGAUGUUGCAUAGUAGAUUUUAGGACAGAAGUGUGAGCUGUUUGGUAAGUCAGCCAUGUGAUUGUUUGACACUUCUCAGUGGAGACUCUGAAUUCAUCAGGUACAUAGCGAUUAGCAUCAAAGCUAGAAGCAUUUUCUGAUACCUAACACUAUCAGAGAUUUGUGUGUGACUCUUUAUAAUAAUUAACCACAAGUAAACAGCAUUGUGGCUCCUGAGUGCAGUGGUUUCUUACCUUUCCUGUUUGGAGGUAAAUUGCCUCUCCUAAAUCUAGCCCUUCCAUCACCACUGUUGUACUUCUCCCCCCUGUGCAGAUAAAUUGUUCACACCACGACGCCUCCUGCUGGCUGAACGACAUCAUUCUGCUUUUUCCAGCCUUUCGUUUUCCCUCAUCCCUCUAAACCUGCCUGUAGCUCCCUCUACAUUGUGUUUCCUCUCUAUCUCUUGUACAGAACCUUUCAUUCUUUUUGCUUUAUGUAAAAAUAAACAUUCUUCUUUCUAUGUAAAACCAUACUUUCUCUCUUUUUUGUCAUUAGUUUUUGUUCUUUAUUCUUUUCUAUAUGCUUGAUUGUUUUGGCUCUAAUGAAGUCAAGAAGUCAUGGAUUAUAUUGUUACUAUAUUAGCUCAUUCAGUAAAUGUUAUAAAAAUUCUGAACAGAGGAGAGACAGUGAGGUCAAUUGUUCAAGUGUUUGACACAGCUGAUGUCUUUAUGUGGGGAACAUUGGAAGAACUCGACACGUUGGUUUACCCACAUUUACAUAUUAGGCAAAUUAAUUCUCUCGCAUUCAAAUUUCAAUGGGUUUAUAAUCUAGGCUUCUCAUGAGAGUACUUCUAGUCUAAAAUGACUUCUGUUUCUUAAAGGGAUAGUUCACCAAAAAUGAAAAUUCUCUCAUUUACUCACCCUCAUGCCAUCCCAGAUGUGUAUGACUUUCUUUCAUCUGCUGAACGCAAACAAAUAUUUGUAGAAUAAUUUCUCAGCUGUAAAGAUCCAUACACUGCAAGUGAAUGGGUGCCAAAAUUUUUAAGCUCUAAAAUCCACAUAAGGGCAACAUAAAAGUACCCCAGAUGACUCUGGUAAUUAAAUCCAUCUCUUCUGAAGUGAUAUGAUAGGUGUGGGUGAGACACAGAUCAAUAUUUAAGUCCUUUGUUUUUUACUGAAAAUCUACACUUUCACUUCCACAUUCUGAUGUAGAGGAGUCUUUUUUUUUUUUUUUUUUACUAUAAAU